CCAAAAGGUGUCCACUGCCUUGUCAGUCUCGUUGAAAUUUGGCCCAUUGAAAGUUACAUCGAAGUAGAUCAGCGGUCUCGACUGGAAUACCUCACAUAUCUGUUCACUAUCUACCUUGCCUAAGGUACCUAGCCCUCGGAAGUGAAAUACACAUAGCCUCCAAUUCCAUUUCUGCCACUCCUUUUUGCUCUUCAGCAAGUAUGGCAGCUCCAUAGCCAUAAGUACAAGUACAUAAAACCUGCAGACCAGACGUCCUGCUCUUAAUCAUCCUGUACAAAACCCUGAUGGCGCCGUACCAAUUCUCCCCUCGAAGACCAUCCUCGUAGCAAAACCCGAACCGAAUAUAAACCAAAGAAAGAAUAUCCAUCCCGGCCACCCACCAUGUUUUCUAUGCCAGCCGCCCCGGCCAAGCAGUCAGUGGGCGAGACCAUCUCGGUGCUGAGCGAGCGCCUGGGCUCAUCGACGCUGCUAGAGGACCGGCGGGCCGCGAUCCUGGGCCUGCGCAGCUUCGCCAAGCAAUAUCCGGCAUCGGUGGCCUCGGGCGCGCUGCGCAGCCUGAUCGGCAGCCUCGCCAAGGACGGCGAGGAUGUCGACACUGUCAAGGUCGUGCUCGAAACGCUGCUGAUGCUCUUCAGCCCAAACCAGGACAGCCCCGAGGCCUCGGACGAGAUCGCCCUCUGGCUGGCUGACGAGUUCACCCAGCGCCAGGAGAACAUCACCCUGUUGCUCGACUUCCUCGAGACCCCGGACUUCUACGCCAGGCUGUACUCGCUGCAGCUACUGACCGCCAUCCUCUCCGCCCGCACUGAGCGCACAGAGGAAUGUGUCUUUACCGCUCCCCUCGGUAUCCCGCGCCUGGUCGCCAUUCUCGACGACACAAGGGAGGCAGUGCGAAACGAAGCAAUCACCCUCCUAACCUACCUCACACCGACAAACCCGGACAUACAGAAGCUGGUGGCGUUUGAAAGCGCCUUUGAGCGGAUCCUCAAGGUUGUUGCGGCGGACGGCGGGCUGGCAUUAGGAACCCGCGUGGUGGAGGACUGCCUGAUCCUACUGGCCAACCUGCUGCGGCUCAACCCAUCCAACCAGACAUUAUUCAGGGAGACUGGCUGCAUACCGCAGUUGACCAAGUUGCUCAGGACGGCAUACGAGGAUGGAAAUGACGGCGAGCACGAGAUCGCAUCCUGGGCUGAGGAGCAGCGGAAUAGGAACGUGUAUGCACUCCUUGCUGUUGUCCGGCUGUUCCUGGUUGCCGGGUCGGUGGGCACGCCCCAAAAUCAAGCUGCGCUGUGGCAUCAUGGGCUUCUCUUCCACGCGCUCCAGCUGGGCUUCAUGCACCAUGCAGACGCUCAGAUCAAGGCAGAGGCCCUUGUCACAUGUGCUGAUAUCAUCAGAGGCAACGCGGCUCUCCAAGAGAACUUUGCCCAGCUGCAGGUCCCAGCCCCACUCGGCCCGCAGCAAUUACCUCCGGCUGAAAAGAAGGCCAAUGGCGUUGCCAAUAUCUACGUGAUAGACGGCCUCUUGGACCUGACACUGAGUGUGCAGUCGGCACAGGACUUUAACCUCCGCUUUGCAGCGUGCGGCUGCAUCAAGGCAUAUUUUUAUGGUCACGCCGAGGUGCGGCAACACUUCCUCACGAGGGCCAUCGAGGGCCAUCGGUCAGGGGCCGACGAGACUGCCAAUGUGCUGACGACGCUCCUGCGGUCGCCGGCCGACGAGUCACCCUCGGACCCGUAUCGAUACUGGUUUGCCGCCGUCAUCAUGUUGCACCUGAUUAUCGACAGCCCCGAGUCUAAAGCGCUGGCAAUGGGUGUCACCGAGGGUGAAGAGGAGAGCGGCGAGGAGGUGGUGACGAGCAUCCAAAUGAUCACGGCACAUCUUAUCCUGGGGCUGACAAGGGGCGACGACGAAAGGGUGCUGAUCGGCAGUCUGAUGCUGCUUCUCUGCUGGCUGUUUGAGGACAUUGACGGCGUCAACGACUUUUUGGGAGAGGGAAGCAAUAUCCAGGGGCUGAUCAACGCCGUGACCAAAGCUUCAGCCGAUGCGGCGAUAGUACAGGGCCUCUGCGCAAUGCUUUUGGGUGUCGCCUAUGAGUUUUCUACUAAGGACUCCCCGAUACCCCGGGCGACGUUGCAGCCGAUUCUGUUGCAACGCAUGGGACGGGAAAAGUACAUUGAGAAACUGAGCAACCUCAGGAGUCAUCCGUUUGUACGAGACUACGAGGUCCUGCCACAGCGAUUUGACCCAUCAUCGGGGCAAAAACACCCGGACGUGUUUUUCGACGCGUCGUUCAUUGAGUUUUUCAAGGACAACUACAGCCGUAUCCUAAGGGCGAUCGACCGUGAACCAGGGCUGGAGAUAUCGGUGGUGUCCAACGGUGUCCAGAAGGGAAUUUCGCGGGAGCUGGUCGACGGGUUGCGGUCGCAGCUGGAGGAGAGGGAUCUUGAGCUCCAAGAGGCGCGGCUGAAGGUCGCAUCUCUGGACGGCCAGCUCGGGCAGGAGCAGGCCGAUCACAGGAGGACCAAAGAGUCGCAGGUGGGAGAGCUCGCAAGGCUCAAGACGGUCAACGAAUCCCUGCAGAAGGUACACGAAGAGGAGACGGCCAAGCUCAAGAUCCAACACCAGGCGCGUGAGAACGAGCUGCAGCGGCAACAAAAGGCCAAAGAGGAUGAACUACGGAGGCAAAUCGAGCAGCUGCAGAGGCAACAAAAAGCCAAAGAGGAUGACCUGGCGCGGCAGCACAAGGCGCGUGAAGACGAGCUGCGACGACAGCUGGAUCAGGCCAAGAGCACAUCGGCGGCGGAGGUGGACAAGGUGAAGAAGACGGCGCAGGCUGAUGCGGAACGGGCGCAGCGCGAGGCGGAGCAGGUCAAGAAGUCAUCGACGGCGGAGCUGGAGCGGGCCCAGCGUCGUAGCGAGGCGGCACUCGCGGACCUCAAGGCGACCAUCAGCCGACUCGAGGUGGACCUGAUGAAGGCUGGCAAAGCCAAGACGGCGGAGCUGCAGUCGCUCAGGGAGGAGCUGGAGAAGAAGGUCACUGCCAAGGCGGCUGAGGUCAUGGAGGCCGAGGGCAAGCUCCACGAGGUUCAAACCAAGGUUGGAGAGCUGGAGAAGAAGAUCAAAGAGAAGGAAAAGCGGGUUGGCGAGGUUGAGGGAUUGCUCACGACCAAAGAGAAGGAAUUAACAAAGAGCGAGGCGCUAGUUAAGAAGACGGAGGAAGAGAGGAAAUCGGCGCAGAGCGAGCUGGACGAUUUACUGAUGGUGUUUGGAGAUUUGGAAGAGAAGAACACCAAGUACAAGGAGCGGUUAAAAGCACUGGGCGAGGCCAUAUCUGAUGCAGAAGACGACGACGACGAUGACGAGGACGAGUAACCAAGGUAGUGCAUAUAUCAGACCCUUGAACAAAUAUAUAAAGCAUACGCGACAAAAGCAUUUUCGGGGGUUGGUUUUUUAUUUUUAUUUUUAUUUUUUAACCUAUAGUAUAGGCUAUCCACAUAGUGAUGGUCUUGUUGAUGCUGUUACCAUUACUGGACAAUAGGACGAGGGGCACCCUGUUUGGUCACUGACUGACGGGCUAUGGACCACUUUACAGUACCUCAUGCAAUGUAAUGCAGCUUUUGUGGCAAUUCAAAUCAAGCAGCGAUUCUCCUGCAUCCAAAGGGGGCAUAUACUCUAUUUUUUUGUGGGUUGGUGUGUAGCACUCGCUCACUUACUGGCUCUGAAAGAGCAAAGCAACAGAAAAAAAAAAAAAAAAAAAAAAGAAAGAGGAUAAAAAAAAUACGUCAAGUUUUCUACAGCAACCCCCCACCCCCUCCUUUUUUUCUCCAAACAAAUGAGUUCAAAGUCAAACCAAAAGUCAACAAGCA